GCCCAACCCAUUUCUCUUUAUGCUUUGUCUGCUUUGACAAAAAUAGAUUUAAAAACCCACUAUAUUAUUAUCGUAUUUGUACAUUCAACUCACUUUCUAUAAUAAUUUAAGCUAUAUGAUUUGGGACUGUUCUUAAAGGACUAAUUCCGUAUACUCCAAUUGGGAUAAUUCCUAUUAUUAUACAUUAAUAUGUCAUUUUUAUGGCAUUAAUCAAUUCACAAAUCAUUUAAGGUAAUUCCUAUACUUGAAUUAAUAUUAUAAAUAAGAUAUUUUUAAAUUGUUUCAACCAAAAUAAAAAGAUUAGCAAAAUAAACCCCUUACCUUUGUAAUUCAUAUAAAAGUUCAAUAUAUUUGCAUGUAGCUCUUUUUAUCCAUUUUUUUAAAUUAACUUCACUCGCUUAAUCAUAUCAAUUAUCAAAAAAUAUUGACGCUUAAUAAAAUUAAAUUUCUUUGAAAAAUGAAAUUUUAUUUCACCUUCAUAGGUCUAUCAUUUAUCCCUAUAGGCCUAUCUCAACCAAUCCCUUUGAAUCCUAGACAAAUUGCAACCACUACAGAUGAUUUGCAGCCAACAAACGUUCCAGUAGAUGUUAAUAUUUUGGGACCAACCGAACCAUCGGAACCAGUUGAUGUCCCAACAGACGAAGUAAUUGAGGAACCAACCGGAGAACCCACUGGAGAACCAACAGAUGAACCAACUGGAGAACCAACUGAUGAACCAACAGAUGAACCAACUGGAGAACCAACUGGAGAACCAACUGAUGAACCAACAGAUGAACCAACUGGAGAACCAACUGGAGAACCAACAGAUGA